GCCGCAUCGAGAUGUCAGAAGAGGAGCAGAAGAACAGAUCCAAUUCCUCCACAUCCCAUCCUCUGCUUGAAAAUACGCCGCAUACGUCGCGUACCGUUUAAUCUGCAUCCGCUUUGAAUUCAUCAUCGCCUUCUCUAUCCGCUGAAUUGAUCCUUUCCACCGCCGGCUUAAAGCUUCCUACAAGGAGGGGUCGGUCUUGUCACCCAUAACCUCAAUUGAAGACAAGGAAACGAGCUACGGCAUUAUAGUCUAAUGAAAUAGAGUUCGUAGCCUCCCAAACAAAAAAUAAAAUAAAAAACCACCCUCAAAACCAAACCCAUAUCCAAAAUCCAAAAAACGAAUUAACAAGCCACAAAAAUGCCCAUCCCCCUCCACACCAUAACCAGCCUCCGCACCACCUUCUCCCCCUUCAGCCCCCUCUCAAAACCCUGCCGCCUCUUCGUCUCCCUCCUCCAGAACCCCUCCACCUCCUCCCCAGCCUCCCCCACUCACAUCAAGAUCGACAUCAAGCACCUGCCGCGCGGUUCCAAGCAGCUGCCGGAGAUGACGGUGGGGUUCAAGGGGGGGAAGGAGCUCAGGCUUGAGGUUGGCAGACUAGGGUUGGGGGUGCGGGAUGUGGUGGAGGAGGUAGGGAGGGUGGGGAGGGUGUUGGCUAAGGAGGCGAGUUUGAAGGGGUAGAGGGGAGGGGGGGGGGGGGACGUUUGGGCGUCCCGGGGGCAAGGGUGGGUGUUUUGCCUGUCUAUUUUUCUGUUGACGAGAUGGGAGGAGGGCUCUGUGUGGGCGUUGUGGAUUUGGUUUCUGUUACGAGUCUUCUGGGGACAAUGAUGGGGGAGGUAGGGUUUGUGUGAAGGCAGUGAGGGAGGGAGAGGAUAUGGAUUAAUAAACGUUGACGGAAAAGCUAGUGCAGCGUCUAUGAAAUGCAUAACUUGACGGGCAAGUCAGUGAUUGGGAGUCGACAUCAGUCAAGGACUGAUUUGUGCGGUAUCAAACCUGUGUAUAUUUGUACAUUGUAUUAUUUAUCCUAGACAUAGCGGGAUAAGGCGUCUGUGAUGCUCAUUUUUGUUGCACUGUUAUUGUACAAAUUUUGUUUUUUCGAUAUUUCCCAUCUCGUAUAGCAAUUGCUGCGUAAUUUGAUUCUACUUUCCACCGUCUUCGCCUUGCCAGCCAGGAAGGAUCAAGUUCUGUGUAUAGCAGAGCAUCAGGACAAAGAGUCACAAAACUUGCUGUAUUUAAAAGAGAGGGUUAUAUUUUUUUUAUAUAUAUUUUUUUGUAUUCAUGUCUAUUCAAGCCCAAAUAUGCAGGUGGUAUUUCGCCAUUAAAUAGCGCAGUCCAA